CUUGAUGAUCCCGCUAGGAAACCUCGUCCCACCUGCACUUAGCGGUAUCCGUGUAUUGUGUUACAUGGUCUAAGUACUAUAUUACUGCGACUUGCAGUCCACAGGCCUCUCUACCUUGCUCCCACUCACUACUCACUCCCCGCAUCUCAUUGCCAUUAAGUUAAACCCACCAUGGAAGACCUGCUGCCACUGGACACAGAACCAACAACCGGAUAUGACGCAGAAGAUUGCCAGGCCGCUGUUCAGGGGUCUCGAAUUCCAAGGACACUCGACGACGAGGUCCAUCGACUAUGCACGAUUCGCGGCAUACGGCAUCAUUAUGGCUUCGCCCAGGAGCUCCGUGGAGUCAGCCCAGAGUUCACACGCGCUUUGAAUGCCCGGGAUAUUAUGAGCGGUGUUAUACCGACCAUGUCGACGCCUGAUGAGGUGCCGUACUGUAUUUGGUAUCCGGAUGUUCCCAAGGAGGAGACUCUUCGAGCUUUGGUGCAGCGAUACCCCGAUAUGCUUUAUCAUGCUGCUCGGGCCUGUGCUGUUGCGGGAUAUAUUGAUCUGUACAAGGAGCUUGAUCCUCUUCCGGAGGUCCAUGUGGCGGAAGAGGCUGGCUAUGCGAGCAUGCAGAACGGCAACAACGGCAGUCAACAGAUCUAUCGGCAUAUUAUGUCUCAGCCUUUAAAGUUCGAGAUUAUGAACGACUAUACACGUACGGUCGAUAUCGCCGGCCGUCGAGUUGCAUCUCUGAAUGGGGAUACUGCUGUUUACUCGAGUCUUACUGCCAGGACGAAGUACUAUGGUCACCGGGAGAUCAAAGCGAACGCCAUGCCAUGGAACGUACAUUGCAUGGGACCCCCGUCCUUCAAUAUCACCGAAGACUGGGGCAUAGAUGACCAUGACAGCAAAGCCCCUGAGGCACCAGAGGAUUAUCUCCCGCUGGUGUAUAACCCACUCCCUGCAGAUCUCCCGCUCAUCAACAAGGACAAACUCAUUCAUGUCGCUGCAUACAAUGGCGAAAUCGAUCGCUACGCACGACUUCGACGGCCGCAGAUGCUCGAACAUGAAUGGGCCAUGGUGGUACACGGCAUCUACCACAAUCCAAUCUUCGCCAAAUGGUGGAGUACACAGCUCCCUGAGCACCCGCAAGAUAGACAUGAGAUCAACAUUAGGCGCGCGAUCAAUGCCCGGCGCAUCAUGUCCGACGACCUGACUUGGCUCACUGCGGAUACUCCUGGGAAACUACUGCCGGAGCUUAUCUGGUAUCCAAAUGUCGCUUACUUGACGACCUAUGAGAAGCUCGCCCACAGGAGACCAGACAUGUUUGAACUAUGUCUACGGGCCUGCAUAGUUGCGAACUAUCCAUGGACGUGGGAUGCUUUGCUGCGCGCUGCGCCUGAAAUCUUCAAGGACAAGCUCCCCCGCCACUCCAGCGAGCCCCAGCCCGAGGGUGAGGAGGAUUCUAAGCUGUGGUGGCUGUCGAAACAUGCUCGCUACGGGCUGUGGAGUGAAGCUGCCGCCUCAUCAAACAAACAUUUCCAAAACGACAUUUUAGCAGCCGUGCCUGACGCCGCUGAGAAAUUCAAAACCCCGCACCCUGGCAGCGACUGGUGGGGGGACUACUACGUUGCGAAAGGUCUUUACCUCCCAAAGCGGUCCCCGAUUGUCCGGCUCCAUGACCCUGUUCAACCGGGAGCGCGUGAUGAAGGUCCAUACGAUGGGAUGUAUUGUGACAUUGGCGAUGUCGACAUUGCUUUGUUUCUCAGCGAUGCCGUCUCGAAAGAGACCUGGAAGAGGGAAAUUAUAGAUGAGGGAUACUCGACGGCCUGUCUCGAGGAAGUUUGGGACUUGUUAGAGAUGGAACAAGCUAAAUAGUUGCUCUAUCGGGAAAUUUCAACCUCAAAAAUCGUUUUUCAACAAGUUGAUAUCUAAUGUACAUACACUACAUCCAGAGCCUCCAAUGUACAUA